UCGUACGUCAUGCCGUACGGGAAUGCGGAAAGAAAAAGACAGAUACCUGCUACGUCUGGAGAAAUAACUGUAACAGCAGAGAAAGUGUAUAAAACGAGUAAAGAGGGUUGUAGUUUUGCCGGAUUUUCUAGUUUGUAUUUGAAACCCUGUCUGAACACAUUGCCACAUAGAAACACACGAUGGAGUUCUUAUUUGGAAAGCGGAAGACCCCAGAAGAGAUGCUGAGGCAAAACCAGAGAGCUCUGAACAGAGCCAUGAGAGACCUGGACAGGGAACGGCAGAGAUUGGAACAGCAAGAGAAGAAAAUAAUUGCAGACAUUAAGAAGAUGGCAAAGCAGGGACAGAUGGAUGCAGUGAAGAUCAUGGCAAAGGAUCUUGUUCGCACUAGACGCUAUGUAAAGAAGUUCAUCAUGAUGAGGGCGAACAUCCAGGCUGUCAGUCUGAAGAUUCAAACGCUGAAAUCUAACAACAGCAUGGCGCAGGCCAUGAAGGGAGUGACCAAAGCUAUGGCCACCAUGAACAGACAGCUGAAGUUACCUCAGAUUCAGAAGAUUAUGAUGGAGUUUGAACGACAGAGUGAAAUUAUGGACAUGAAGGAAGAGAUGAUGAAUGAUGCAAUUGAUGAUGCCAUGGGGGAUGAAGAUGAUGAGGAAGAAAGUGAUGCUGUUGUUUCUCAAGUACUGGAUGAAUUGGGCCUAAAUCUCUCAGAUGAACUAUCAAACCUCCCGUCCACUGGGGGCAGUCUGUCAGUGGCCGCUGGAAAGAAAGCAGAACCACAAGCUGCUAUGGCUGAUGCAGAUGCCGACUUGGAAGAGAGACUGAAUAACCUCAGGAGAGACUGAGAGAUUAGUGUGGGUACAUUAAUGCAGGUGUAGGUCAUCAGUGUAUAUACGCAUUCUUUACUGAAGCAGAGUUAUAGAACCAAGGUGGUGGCAAAAGCCCAUAUGAGUGUGCUGUGUCUGCAUUUAAAGGAAGAUGCUUAAUACUACAAAUAUGGUUGGGGGAUAUAAUUGAAUAUGUUUAUUGUUAUGUAAUUAAGAAGUUCCACCAGAAAUGUGCUUUGAGGAUAUUUAGAGGAACAAAGUUAUUGUGAAUAUAGUUUUUUCAGUAAUUAAUUUUAAUAAAGAUUUAAUGACAAUCUCAAGCAUAUUUUCUGUUGGAUCUCCACACAAAUUAAGACGAUUUUUAAAUGACAGUUUUCGAGAAAUGAGAAAUCUGAACAUCUCCACAUAUCCUGCAUAAUUUGUACACUUGUAUUAGAACAUACUGAAGUCAAUAAUAGAUGUAAGAUUAGCAAGUUAUGCAGUAGAAGUGUUGCGGCUAAUCUUUAUACCUUUUUUAAUAGUAAAGUACCUUUUAUUAGGUCCUCUCUAAAUGACAGCUUUAAGAAAUGUGGGUUUUUUAAGCUGCCCUUGUGAUAUAAAAAGUUAUAACAAAUAUUUUUCCCAAAGAGAAAUAAUAAAUUGUCAGUGUGGAUAACUGUA